AUGCGAUCUUUCCUGAGCUUCGUUGUUCUUUCCGUGGUUGCCAGCACCUAUGCCGCCAUUGGCCCGGUCGCAGACUUGCACAUUGGCAAUGCUAACGUUGCGCCUGAUGGCUUUACCCGAGCGGGUGUCCUCGCUGGGUCCGACGCUAACUCCCUCGCAUUCCCGGGCCCUGUCAUCACCGCCAACAAGGGUGAUACGUUCCAAUUAAACGUCAUCGAUGCAUUGACCGACACGACCAUGUUGACGAGUACCUCCAUCCAUUGGCACGGUUUCUUCCAAAAGGGAAGUAGCUGGGCCGAUGGUCCCGCUGGAGUGACCCAAUGCCCAAUCACGCCUGGAAAUUCAUUCCUCUACGAGUUCGCCGCUGGCGACCAAGCUGGCACGUUCUGGUACCACUCCCAUGACUCGACCCAAUACUGUGACGGUCUGAGAGGUGUUAUGGUUGUUUACGACACAGAUGACCCGCACAAGAGCCUCUACGAUGUCGACGACGAGUCCACGAUCAUAACACUCUCCGACUGGUACCACACCGUCGCUCCGUCUGCUGGUCUUGUCCCAACACCCGAUGCCACCCUUAUCAACGGUGUCGGCCGUGCUGCUGCUGGUGACACCGUUCCCCUUGCCGUCAUAACUGUCGAGUCCCAGAAGAGAUAUAGGUUCCGCCUUGUCUCGAUGUCUUGCGACCCCAACUACACGUUCUCUAUCGACGGCCACACCAUGACCAUUAUCGAAGUCGACGCAGUCAACACCCAGCCCCUCGAGGUCGACUCGAUACAGAUCUUCGCCGGUCAGCGCUACUCCUUCAUCCUCAACGCCAACCAAGCUGUCUCCAACUACUGGAUCCGCUCGGAGCCAAAUGUCGGCACGACUGGGUUUGAUGGCGGGAUCAAUUCUGCCAUUUUGAGAUAUUCUGGCGCAGAGGCUGUUGAUCCGGAGACGACGUCAUCGACAAGCAACGCGCUGCUUGAGCAGAAUCUCGUCCCGCUCUCUGGCGCUGCUGCUCCAGGCACUGCGGGUGUUGGCAAUGCGGAUGUCAACAUCAACCUCGACAUGGCCUUCAGCUUCACUGACCUCAAGUUCACUAUCAACGGUGCCACCUUCACGCCCCCGACUGUUCCGGUUCUACUUCAGAUCAUGAGUGGCGCGCUGACUGCUGCUGACUUGUUGCCCGCCGGUUCCCUCUAUGUCUUGCCAGCCAACAGUGUCGUCGAGCUCUCGAUGCCGGGAGGAUCUGUCGGAAGCCCACAUCCCAUCCAUCUUCACGGCCAUACAUUCGACGUCGUUCGCAGUGCCGGCAGCAGCACCUACAACUACGACAACCCCAUCAAGCGCGACGUCGUCAGUAUUGGCGAGACCGGUGACAAUGUCACGAUCCGCUUCACCACCGACAAUGCCGGCCCAUGGAUCAUGCAUUGCCACAUCGACUGGCAUCUUGAGAUUGGUCUCUCCGUCGUUUUCGCUGAGGACGUUCCGACUGUCGCCACCACCACCCCUCCCACUGCUUGGGAUUCACUUUGCCCCACAUAUGACGCAGCCUUCGGCACCUCGUCUGAGCGCCGCAGACGCGCAGUUACAUUCUGA